GGAGACCAGGAAGACAAACUGAGAAAAAGGAGACAAAGUUGUUUUUUUUAAAAGCUGAGAGUUGCUGCCUGGUUCUUAUUUCUUUCUUCCUCUGAAGAACCAGACUAAUAUACAUUUAAAUAUAUAUUUUUUUGUUUGUUUCCCAUCUACUUUUGUAUCUACUUUUUAAGGAAGGACCCGUUUUCACCCCUGAAUUGCUGUUUCUUUGGGUUCCAGGGCUGGUUCUGUCAUGCUUCGUGACCAGUCCACUGAUUGGUUGCUCCAGCUCCUCUCCGAGGUGCAUCUGGAGCAGUUUUUCCCUCGAAUCCGCGACGAGCUCAACGUGACCCGGCUGGCGCACUUUGACUAUGUGGAGCCGGCGGACCUGGAGAACAUUGGGAUCGGGCGGCCAGGUCAGAAGAGACUAUGGGAGGCGAUUAAGAGACAUAAAGCAAUGCUGAAACCCAAGUCCUGGCUAUCAAAGGUGUUCAAAGGGCAGAGCGCAGAGCAGUUGGGCCAAUCACGGUGUCCCUCCUACCCCCCGGAGCCUGAGCGCCCGCUCACCUGCCUCAUUCAGGAAUCCGACCUGCAGCUCUGCGAGAAACUGGGGAACGGUUCCUUCGGAGUGGUGAAGAGAGGGGAGUGGAGGACACCCAGCGGGAGAGUGCUGGGCGUGGCUGUCAAGUACCUCCGCUCUGACGUUUCCAAGGAGAUGGAGACUCUGACAGACUUCCUGCAGGAAGUGACAACGAUGCAGACCCUGGACCAUCCCAACCUGAUCCGGCUGCAUGGAGUGGUGCUGACCCAGCCCCUCAGUGACAGAGCUGGCUCCUCUGGGCUCUCUCUAUGACUGCCUGCAGUCUCGUCACGGUGAUUUCCCGCUCCUGCGUCUCUCGCUGUUCGCGGUGCAGAUCUCCAACGGGAUGGCGUAUCUGGAGUCCCGGCGCUUCGUGCACCGUGACCUCGCCGCGCGGAACGUGCUGCUGGCCUCGCGGGAGCUGGUCAAGAUCGGCGACUUCGGCCUCAUGAGGGCGCUGGACUCCAAGACAGACCACUACGUGAUGACAGCCCAUCGACGCAUCCCCUUCGCAUGGUGUGCUCCGGAGAGUCUGAAGGCUGGCACGUUCUCUCACUCCUCGGAUGUCUGGAUGUUUGGAGUGACGCUCUGGGAGAUGUUCACCUACUGCCAGGAGCCCUGGCUGGGGAUGUCCGGGAGACAGAUCCUGUUGAAGACGGACCGGGACGGAGAGAGGCUGGAGCGUCCUAAGGACUGUCCCCAGGAGCUGUACUCCAUCAUGAGGCAGUGCUGGGCACCCCAGCCCCAGGACCGGCCCACCUUCGCAGCCCUCACCAGACUGGUGAACGAGGCUCAGCCGAUAGAGGUGCGGGCUGUCCAGGAAUACACCGAACCCGGAAAACUGCAGCUGCAAGCCAACGACCUCAUCACUGUCAUCGACAGGUCCGACGUGUCGGAAUGGCGAGGUCAGAACCAGCACACCCUGGCUGUGGGCUCCUUCCCGGCGGCCCUGGUGACUGGACUCGCCUUGCAGCUCCCCGGCCUGAUCAGCCGGCCCCUGAGGAACAGCUUGGUACACACCGGACACGGAGACAUCUUUGCAAACCGGAACUGGGGCUUCCCUGACCGGCUGGACGAGAAUUACAAAAUAGCACCAGGAACCAGAAAGGAGAUUCAGUCCAGCAAACUGCACAUGAUGUCAGGGAUGUCCAGGAGUUUGGAAUCGCUGGUCGAUAUUAACAGUAAACCUCCAGGGAAGUUAAAUCAUACGCCCCACAGGAAACCUCCCGCAGACUCCCGGGGUCCGGGAGCCCCAGAACUAGAGUUCCGCCGGCUGAGCGAUGACCCCCAACAUCGGCCCGCUCCGCUCAACUUCAUGAACCACAAGGAUUCCCUCCUGAACCCCAACGUCAGGCUGCGCGCAGGGGGGGUACACCCCAGGGAACGCAGGCCAGCUCUCAGUCAAGUCCAGGGCCUGUGGCCUGCCCCGCACCCAGGCAGUAACCUGGUGGCGAUGGCGCCCUUCGCUCGCUCCACCCCCCAGAUCCUCGACGGCAUGGAACAGAAGCAACGGCCGCCCCCGGCAACCGCUAACGACUCCCGCAAAUCAGCGAUCCUGCAGGUCCAGGAGGCAGUGCACGGAGUCACACUGGAGGAGUGUCGAGACGCCCUGAGAAUUCACAACGGGGAUCCACUGAGAGCAGCACAGUACCUGAAGACGGAAAACUUGUAUCACAUGGGUCGACGUUCCCGCGAGGAUUGUCAGCGCAUCCUGGUUCGCUUCCAGUGGAACCUGCAGGCCGCGAGUCGCUACAUGAUGAGAGACCGACAGGGGUCCUAAACACGGCCCCCAGGGGCCCCGGGAACAGGGAGACCUUCACCAAGACUACAGACCUCCUGACAGGCAGGCUGAAGAAAGAAAACAGACACAUGCACUACAGAGCUGCGGCCACAAGAGGGCGAUAAAGAACUGUUCAAAUGUCUUUACCCUAAACUGCUGUGUUGUUGCUCUGCAUCAUAAUUGUGUUUACAAUCCAGGGCUGAGAGCCAUCGUUUCCCAAUACGAUAUUUAGGGCUGUAUUUUUUUCUGCUUAAAAAAAAAUAGGUAUUUCAUGAUAUUUCACAGUUAAACAUCAUAUUUAUUAAAGCAGAAAAAUACUGCGUCGCAUUCAAAAUGGAUCAUUUUCUCUAGAGUUUACUGUACACCAAAUGUUCCUAAAUAAUAGAGGUUCUGUUUUUCACCGUCAGUGAAUUAUCAAACAAAAUAAAAACAUCAAUAAAUUACUUGAUCUUUGAUGCAGCUGGUGUCUUUUUAGUUGAAGACAUUUUAAAGAAAUCGUGCAGCUUCUAUGCAGUGUGUGUUCAAUCGUUUACUGGAAGGAAGCAAACUAAACCGGCUGCUAGGUUCAUGAAUGCAGCGACAGUCACGCUGAAUGCUGUCUGUCACGCUGAAUGCAGAGUGACAGGCAGCGCGUCAAACAGACAAACGCUCGUUGUAUUUAUUAUUCAGAGCUAAAAAAAAAUCUGUAUAUUGAUACAAUUCUAUCAGAAAUUUUCACAGGAACCGCGCAUUACAAAACAAUGGGAAAAUGACAGGAAAUCGUGAAAUCCGUGAAAAAAAUACAGCCUUAGCUCGCACAAGCUGGGAUUCAGUUUUUUUGUUUUGUUAAAUGAAAAUGUACAUAUAGAUAUAUAUUUAAAUAUUAUUUAAUUUUGAAUUAACUGAAAAGAAAAACAAUUGUUUGUACCAAUUCUGUGUUUAUAUAUAUAUAUAUAUAUAUAUAUAUAUAUAUAUAUAUAUAUAUAUAUAUAUAUAUAAUUUCGUAUAAUGUUGAAAGGUUCUUUGAAAUAAUGGGUUUUAAUUAAUCAGGUUAUAAGGACAGCUCAAAUAUGAAAUAUGGGCGGAAAAAGUGUUUUUUUGUACAUUGUUACUGUGGUAUUACCCUGGCAACGCAACGUUACGCGGCUCCAGUUCUGUAUAUAACUGCUAUGUAUAUUUUCGUGAAAAAGGGUUUUUUUUUUUUUUAAGAAAGUGUUCUUUCUAAAAAAAGAUUUUGUAAAAAUAACCUACCUACCUACCUGUUUACCUCGAAAAACUGGUCCGAUAAUAAAGACCUGGUGUUUAUGA